AUGUCGCACGCGUCUACCAUUUUGGGUGGAACACGUGCCUGUGCGACAGAUGGCGACCCUCGAAUUGAUGCCACCCUCGAACCUGCGCCGAUUGUACCCUCUAAACGACCAGCAACCUCCUCUGCCCCCCAGGUCACUGACGAAACUUACCUCAACUUCCUCGCAUGGAUGAGCCACCAGGCUAUCAAACCUGCUCCUACCAUGCCCCCAGCCACAGCCGUAACAGAGGCCCCAGCAGCACCACCGACUCAAGCUGGUGAGGCAAAUGCUGGAGCGACGGGAGUAGUCCAGGAUGGGGAAGCCAUCGCCAUCCCCAACACUGCCAGUCAGACCCCGUUCACCCCGGGCGCUUCCGUAAUCCCUGUGAAGGCACGCACUGCUACUCUUCAUCCGCGUGUGGAGUCCGGAGUACUGCUUGAGGCUCAGUUAGAGGAUCUGAACAACACGCUGCAGAUCUCCCGCCAACGCGAGCAGGAACUUCAAGACGAGAAUGACAACAAGGACCUCGAGCUCGAGCACCUCCGGACCGUCGUUGAAGAGCAGCGGCAACGCAUCGAUGCUCUCGAGAAUCGGUCCGUCACGGUGGCUGCACCGCCGCAAAUCGCGGCCCAGAGUGGCACCGUCAUUCAGGGCCCCGUUCUGUUGUUUGACAUCAACAAACUUGAUGUCAUUGGUGGUGUCGUGCAGCUUUCGACGAAGCUCACGGAUGAACUUCAGAUCAAGAAAUUCACGGGCGACUCCAUUCACUGGCUCACAACAGUUGCGCCUGGAAGUUACAUGAGUUUCUACCCCGACUGGCAAGAGCUGCAACACACCGUUGCCAUGAAGUAUUUAGAGGACGGGGUAAGCAACGAUGAGUUCUACUACGCCGUUUCCAGGAACUGUCCCUAUGGUUCAAUUUGGCAUUGCGGUGAAGACGAGCGCCCGUUUUCGAACCUUGGGUGGAUCAUGGCAGUGUGCAAGGCCUUCGGUGGCGUUAAGGCUACUACCUGGAACAUCAAGCUUGUUGCAGCUGCGUACGUGUGCUACGUGGUUGAGUGGCCAAUGGCCAACGCUAAGGGAACCAAGAUUCCCGCCAUGUCUGGCAACGAGCUUCUCAACACUCAGAACAUGCAGAGGAAGAUAAGUGAGAUUAUUUCAUGGCUGAAAGUGUGGUACCAGCGUGACCCUAGUAUCUGGAAUCCUGCUCACCCUGCUGGCUUUUCUAUGUGCAAGGCAGUAAAGAUCGAGAUUGAAGGAUUUGAGAGGCAAUUUUUCCCUGAUGGUGUUCCUGCCUAA